AUGAGUGUUCCUAAAAGCCAACCUAGUAAUCAAUCUAACGACAAUAAGAAGAAAAAAUUGUGUGUUUAUUUACUGUUGAACUCUAGCAAAUCGAAAGUUUAUGUCGGAACGACCAAUAACCUAAAAAAUCGAAUAAAUAAGUUGAAUAAUUUAUAUUGUAAUAACAGCGGUAGUAAUGAACAAAACUGGAUUCCGAUAUUGGUAAUUACUGGAUUUUUAUCAAUUCCGGAGGCAGUAAAUUUCGAAAUUACAUUGAAAUCAAUCUCAAAGAAAAGAAGCAACGAAUUUACCAGAAUAUUUUUUCAAAAAAAAUAUCAUAAAGAUGACGACGACAAAGUUAAUUGUAACACUUUUCCUAAAAUUAUUUUACCAAAGAUUUUUGCUUCAAGACAUUUAUUAUAUGAAUAUGAUCUUUACUGGAAAUCUAACCUUAUGGUUAGUAAUGGUGGCAAUAGUAAUAAUAAAAGCAAUAGCGGAAGAGAAUAUGGUUUAUAUUGGGGUAGUUUCAUUAGCGAACAACAGCAAUAUAGAAAACAAUUUGAAAUUGUCAAAGAUUUUUCAUGGUGCAAACAAAAUCAAAAUAGAAUUGUUAGACAUUGUAAAUUGGAUUUAAAUGAUUUUGAUGGAGAUAUGGGAAGCAGAAGUAGAGAUUAUGCAAGCAGAAAAAAUAUAGGUAUAGAUAUAGUUAGAGAUAUAAAGCAUUUAAAUAACGGAGAGGGCUUAGAUAGAAAUAUGGAUAGAGAUAGAGACGAAAAGAUUAUUAAAUCCAAAAUCACAAUUAAUAAUAAAUCCAAACUGAAAUUUGUUUCUUGUCAUUUACAAGAUUCUCCAUUAUAUUAA